UAAAUCUUCGGGAAGUUUGGGAAAGUCUGGUGAGAUUGUUGUGAAGUGUUGACUUGAGACGAUAAACAGACUCUGGUCCUGGUUCUGGUCCUGGUUCUGGUCCUGGUUCUGAUCAUGGCUCUGGACUGGAUCGGGCUCAGUUACUCUGUUCUGGUGACAGCAGGAGGAAUCGUUGGUUAUGUGAAAGCAGGCAGCGCCGCCUCUCUGGCUGCAGGGCUCCUGUUCGGCCUGUUGGCCGCAGUCGGCGCUUAUCUGGCAUCUCAAGAUCCCAAGAAUGUCUGGCUCUCGCUAGGCACCUCAGGAUGCCUGGCCGUCGUGAUGGGACUGAGAUUCCUCAGCUCCUGGAAGUUCAUGCCGGCCGGUUUAAUGACCUUGGCCAGUGGACUGAUGAUGGCCAAGAUAAUAACUGGGAUGCUGAAGAGGCCGCACCAGUCCUGAAAAUACUUAAAUUCAUCUGUGAAUAUCUGGAACAUGAAAAAAAAAAAAAGGAUCUGACAUUCCCUUCUGUGUGAUUUUGUAUUAAAAUCUUCUGUUAAAACAAUAAA